AUGUUCAACGAUACUUCUGUAGAGCAAAAUACUAUGCGUAAUGUUUUAAAUAAACUGAUACAAAUAUCUUUUCCAUAUAUCAUUAUUGUUUCCGUUGUCGGUAUUUGUGGAAAUUUUCUUACAAUAAUUAUGCUGUCAACAAAAUCUGUUUCAAAAAAUUUUAACAAUUGUACAUUGAUUGCUCUUGCUCUUACUGAUCUUUUAUUUAAUUUUACACUUGUUUCCCGAUGUAUCAAUGACUUAACACAAUCAAAUCAUGCACAACUUUGUCGUUUGUUAUCAUUUCUUUCUCAUUUAGCUGAAUUAUUAUCAGCUUGUUUUACAGCCCAAUUUACUGCUCAACGUUUUAUAGCUGUUCGAUUUCCUUUAAGUGUAUUUGUUGAAAAAAGAAUUCAUCUUAUACAUUAUUUAGUUGUCACAUUAUUUAUUAUUUUUGGUAUAAUUUAUUGUUUAGUUUUAGUUAAAACUAAUGCAUAUGAGCAUUGUCAUGAAGAAUUAGAUUUAAAUUGGUUUAUAUCAGAUGCAUUAUUAUCAUUUCUUAUACCAUUUACAAUAAUAAUAAUAUUAAAUAUAUUAAUUAUAUGUUAUUUAAAAAAACGUUUUCAAAAUAAUCAACAAUAUCGUUUUACAAAACGACAACAACAAUCUGAAGUUAUACCAUUAAAUUUUCUUAAACAAUGUUCAUCACGAUAUGAAAUUACAUUCAAUACAAAAUUUCAACCAAAUAUUUAUGAAAAUAUUAACAUAUCAAACUCUAGGGUAUUGAAUAUAGUUUUGUGCUAG